AUGGUAUGGGAAGCGAGACAAAAGAAAUCAUUGGAAGAUAAAAGACAAGAAGAAUUACGAGUUAUGUAUGAAAAGGAACAGGAAAUUCUUAAUAACAAGUUAGUUUUUGUUCAUUCUUAAAUUCUCUUUUUGAAAUAAUACUUCAAUUUCUAACAUAAAUGUUUACAGAGCUCUUCUUGGAGAUGAAAAAGCAAAAAUGGGGCUUUCAUUCAUGUAUGAUGCACCAGCUGGAAUGGCAAAAAGAGAAGAACCAAAAGAAGAACCAAAAUUCGAUUGGCAAAGAAAAUAUCAGGCGCCGAGAGAAGAUUGGGCAAAAGGAAAUGAAGAAAUUCAAGAUCAACCAUUUGGUAUCCAGGUAAAUUUGAAAUAAAUGUGGAAUUGAAGAAAAAUCAUUCGCUUUUCUGAAAAUUAAAAAUACUUCAAAUAACUUAUUAAAUACAACGUGAACUUUUAAUAUAAACGUGGCAACUAUCAUUUUUAUGAAAAAUGUAAGAUCAAAGUUUUUAGGUUCGAAAUGUGAGAUGUUGUAAAUGCCACAAAUGGGGACAUGUAAAUACUGAUCGAGAAUGUGCACUAUUUGGAAAAUCAGGAAAUUACGAGGAUGAAGGAUGUAAGUGUUUUGAUUUUAUAAUAAGAUUCAUGAAUAUAAUAUUUUUAAUUAUUUCAGAUGCAAAUAAUCCGUCGGAUUUGAUAAAAGUUUUACGAAAACAAAGAGCUGAAGGAACUUCUUCAUCAUCGAGUUCAAGAAAUCCAAAUAAAAAAGAUUUGGAAGAAGAGGAAGAAGAUGAAUGGGUUGAUCAUCAACAAUUAGCAAAUGAUAUGAAAGAAGAACAUGGAAUUGUAUUGAAAAGUAAUGUAUUGGCUGGAAUGAAACAAGAUCAACAAUUGAGUAGAAUGAAACAAGAAAAAAGCGAAGAAGAACAAAUGAUUGAAUUUUUCAAUACAAUGUCAGAUAAGGAUAAAAGAAAAUUGAUGAAAAAAUUAAUGAGUGGAGAAUCAUUGGAAGAUGCGAUGAGCAAGAAAAAGAAAAAGAAGGAUAAGAAAAAGAAAAGUAAGAAAUCAAAAAGAAAAUAUGAAAAAAGUGAUAGUGAAGAUGAAUGGGAAGAAAAAAGAAAACGAGUGAAAAAAGAAGUUGACAGUUCGCCAGAAGAAAAAAGAAAAACAAUAAAAAAGGAAGUCGAUUCAGAUGAAGAAAUUAGUAGAAAUAGAAGAAGAUCACCUGCAAGAAGAUCGAGAUCACCACAGAGAAGAAGGUAAAUACUUUUCAAUUUUUUAUGAAGCUUUGAAAUUUAUAUAAUUUUUUUCAGAUCACGAACUCCACCAAGAAGAAGAAUAUCGAGAUCGAGAUCAAGAUCACCAAUCAGAAAUCGAAGAAGAACACCAUCACCAAGAAGAAAAAGUAGAAGAGAUUCACCAGAUUCUCCAGUUAGAAAUCGAAAACGACAUAAUUCAUCUGAUUCAUCGAAUUCGUCUAGAUCGCCAUCUCCAAAACAAAAAAACAAUUCAAGAAAACGCCAUGAUUCUUCAGAUUCUUCAACAACUCCACCAAGAUCAAGACGGUAA